AUCACGUUGGUUUCCUUAGCCAGCCCACGCGAGACCGGGACACAGGUCGCCAAGGCGGGACGAGAUCCCUGCAGCGGGGGCUGCAGGAACCAUUGCUCGGGGCGCGGGGCAGAGGAAGCCCCUCCGCCGCUCAGGCAGGGCAGCCCCGUGUCCCUGGGCAGGCGGGGCACGGCCAAACCCGAGGGCUCCGGGCACGCCCAUCCCUGACCGGGAUCGCCGCUCGCGGGAAUGAGCUCCGGCCCCGCCCCCGGGACACGCCCCCGGGACACGCCCUCAGACGGAGGCGUGUCCUCCCGCAAAGCCACGCCCACACGGGCCGCGCCCCUCAGGCUGCCGCGCACGCGCCCUCCACGUGUCGCUGCCGAGCCCCUCCCCGCUCUUUGUUUACCCCGCGUGGGGCCGCGCGCCGGCCGAUGGCGUCAGCGCGCCCGGCCCCGCCCGGCCCCGCCCCCAGGCCGCAUCCGCCGCGGCGAUCAGCGGCGAUCGGGAGCCGCCCGCGUCCCCCCGGUGUCCCCGCCCCGCCGCCCCGCACCGGCACACGCUGUUCGCCUCCCGGCAGCCGGCGGGCGCAUGUUCCCGGGCGGGGUCGGCGCGCUGGCGGUGAGCGCAGGCGAGCAUGGCCGCGCCCGGGUCGGAGAAGAGCAGCAAGAAGAAGACGGAGAAGAAGCUCGCCGCCCGCGAGGAGGCGAAGCUGCUCGCCUCCUUCAUGGGCGUCAUGAACGCCAUGCGCAAGCAGGCAUAAGUGUGCUAGCAGAAUGCCUAGACUGCCCAGAACUGAAAGCCACUGCAGACGACUUCAUCCAUCAGCAUUUCACUGAGGUGUACAAGACAGAUGAGUUUCUUCAGCUUGAUGUUAAGCGUGUGACACAUCUCCUGAACCAAGAUACAUUGACAGUGAGGGCAGAAGACCAGGUGUAUGAUGCAGCUGUCAGAUGGCUGAAGUAUGAUGAGCCAAAUCGCCAGCCGUACAUGGUUGAUAUUCUUGCUAAAGUCCGAUUUCCUCUAAUAUCAAAGAACUUCUUAAGUAAAACUGUUCAGGCUGAACCACUUAUUCAGGAUAACCCAGAAUGCCUUAAAAUGGUGAUCAGUGGGAUGCGGUACCACCUCCUUUCCCCGGAAGACCGAGAAGAGUUAGUGGAAGGCACCCGACCAAGAAGAAAAAAACAUGAUUAUCGCAUUGCUUUGUUUGGAGGCUCUCAGCCCCAGUCCUGCAGAUAUUUUAAUCCCAAGGAUUACAGCUGGACAGACAUCCGAUGUCCCUUUGAAAAGCGCAGGGAUGCAGCUUGUGUCUUCUGGGACAACGUAGUUUAUAUUUUGGGUGGUUCCCAGCUCUUCCCUAUAAAGCGAAUGGACUGCUACAAUGUGGUGAAGGAUAGCUGGUAUUCCAAGCUAGGACCUCCAACACCUCGAGAUAGCCUUGCAGCCUGUGCUGCUGAGGGCAAAAUUUAUACAUCUGGUGGUUCAGAAGUGGGCAAUUCUGCACUGUAUUUAUUUGAAUGCUAUGACACGAGAACAGAGAGCUGGCACACAAAGCCCAGCAUGCUGACUCAGCGCUGCAGCCAUGGAAUGGUAGAGGCCAAUGGGCUCAUUUAUGUAUGCGGAGGGAGCCUGGGAAACAAUGUUUCCGGAAGAGUCCUGAAUUCCUGUGAAGUUUAUGACCCAGCCACAGAAACGUGGACUGAACUGUGUCCAAUGAUUGAAGCCAGAAAGAAUCAUGGGCUGGUGUUUGUAAAGGACAAAAUAUUUGCUGUGGGUGGACAAAAUAGUUUAGGUGGCCUUGAUAAUGUAGAAUAUUACGAUAUCAAGAUGAAUGAAUGGAAGAUGGUGUCUCCAAUGCCAUGGAAAGGUGUAACAGUGAAGUGUGCUGCCGUGGGAUCUAUAGUCUAUGUCCUGGCUGGUUUUCAGGGUGUUGGUCGCUUAGGGCACAUUCUUGAAUAUAACACUGAAACAGACAAGUGGAUAGCCAACUCCAAAGUCCGUGCUUUCCCAGUGACGAGUUGUUUAAUCUGUGUUGUAGACACUUGUGGGGCAAAUGAAGAAACUCUAGAGAUCUGAAGACUGGCAUUCUUCAAGGACUUGGGAAAAGAUGAUUAUUGGUGCUUUGCUUCCAUGUUUUACUGAAUCAUGUUAAAUUUAGUAACAGGAAAAAAAAUGAGAUGCAGUCUUUUAAUUUGUAUAUACAACAUUGUAUAAUGUGGAUUUUGUCAUGCCCAUUUUCUUGUCUGUUUUAAAGAGAUGGGGAUGUGUUUUGAGAAUCCACUUAUCUAGGUGAUAUCACAUGGCAUCUUCCUUUAAAAGAACUGUAGGUGUGGCCUUGUCAAACAGAGACCCAAUCCAAAUAUUUAGAAUGCCUCUAAAGCAUUUGAUAAAGAACACAUUCUGGUUAAAUGACAUUUUACCAAGAUCAGUUGCAGAGACACUUCCUUUAAUGAAGGUGAGUAAAUACGGCUUGACUGAUGAGAAAGAGGAGCAACAAUUUUUUCUCCUUCAUACCUACCUGCAGAAAUCUUACUGGGAUGAAAUGAAGAUAUUUUCUCAGGAAAGACCAAGGACUGCUGUCUAAUAAAGAUUCCCAGUGUUUCAGCAGCUCUCUAGAUCAUGAUAGCUGCCCUCUUCCAGUGAAUUUCUUCCAUCAUUUGCAUGACUGCUUAUCAGUUUUUUAAGGUUAGAGAGGCCAUACAUAAAAAUUAGAGAAACGCUUUGAUGGUCUCUUUGGCAUUUUGUGGAGCCUUCACAGAAAGACUUUUUGAUUUUAUUUUUUUUAAUUACACUGAGGUAGGGAAUGGUGGGGCAAGUCGACGACAAUUGUGCACUAUAAUUAGCAAGUUGGAAACUUGGAAAGAAUUUUCAGUCUAUCUUCCCAGGCAUCAGACUGUACAUACUGUAGAUGCCAAACCAUUAGCAAACAUGGGAAUGAGAAAAGCAAAGUCAAUACAACAGAUAUAUUGAUUUUCUUCUUGAAAAUUACUGUUUUUAAAAUGGCAUGAACCAAGUCAUUAAAGAUACUUUACAGAA